AUGGGGGUUUCUCACGCUGGGGAUGUCCACAGCAAAUUCUUUCUUUUCCGGAAAGAUUCGGAACGUCGAGACACGUUAGCGACCAUAAUGUCGGAAUAUCAGGAUCAGAUCGUCGAUCUGUGGCACGGCAGUCUGAGCAACGAUAUGUCCGUCAUAACAAAGAAAAUUCUUCGCUCUCUUUUGGUCGCAUUGCAGCAUUAUAUUCUGAACAAGGAUCCGAACAUUGUCCGGAAGGCCAUCAAUUUCGACAUAUCAUCGAUCAGUCACCUACACGUCGCGCUGUACAACUUUCAGGACGCGAUGUAUAAAAUCCUGCACCAACAGAAAAUCAAACCACAUUGGAUGUUUGCUCUAGACAACUUGAUUCGUUCGGCUUUGCAAUGUGCCGUAGGGGUCAUAUCUCCAGAUCUUGCCGCAAACUUGACCGUGCAGAACUCAGAGCAUUCAAACUCUGAAUAUUCGACCGUAAACUCUGUGAAUUCGGUCAAACCGACCGAAUCCGAGGUCAUGCAGUGUACGGCGCUAUCAGCGGCUAAUGCAGAGAUACUGGACGAAUUCAAGACCUUAGUGAAACAGAACAGGCAGCUGUUGGAUGAAAUUUUGCAUACGUACAGAGCAUACCAUGAACUUUUGAUUUCUACGGUUCGUAAUCAGCCGUUGAAGGCUCGCCUCCUUUAUGACAGUAAUGCUACGCUUGGUGGUGAAGAUGCUUGUGAUCUGGUGAUAUCACCCACUUUGAAAAAUGGGAAGAAUGCCGCCGACGAGGAGCUUGUAAAAUGGUUGAGUGACAACGGGUUCGACGACAAUGCAAUUGCGUUGAUUGUCGCUGAAGAAUACACAAAGGUGGAUCUGCUUGAAUAUGUUUCUUCCCGUGAAGAGCUGUUGCGCGUCGGAUUAAAGCCGCUAUUCUUCAGCACUUCCUCGUUCGGGACCUGGUGCCCGGUGGUGCCAUCGCAAUUUGAGGGUGCCGCGCAAAUUCCGAGCUUGAUGACGCUUCCAGACGACAGAAGUUCGGACAGUGUACCUAAGCACCACGAAUACGGCUACUUUCAGAAUGGUGAUUUCGUCCAUUCUUCCAUGUCGUAUGCAGCCUGUCAGAAUUCGCUUAUGCCAGUCCGAUACUUCAGGAUCCAUGUAGUCAUCGAGCACUUUCGAGGUGCUUGA